GUGAUAAGCUGUGAUUUAUGAGUGUAGAAAACAUUACAGUGUCCAGGAUGACAGACAGCAGCUGGUAUGAGCGUGUGUGUGUCAGAGUCGUGUCGAAGGGGUUGGGUGCUCAGCUGUGUGGAAAUGAGAGGGAAAGCUAACACUCUCCAUCAUGAACCCUCCCAUACCUUUGGGCUCUUUAAAAGGUGCUGCCAGUGGUGUCUGUCUGCCUUAUCAUCACUUAGUCUGAGGAAAUUAAACCAUCCUCUCAAAUAAAAGGACAGAGUUCAGUCUGAGGAUUAACUUUGCGCUGAGGAAUCGGACACAAGUUAUCGCUGUAAAACUUUAAAAGCAAGGAUGCUCCUCUACACGAACAUCCUGGUGCUGCUCCUCUCAGAGAGGACUCUGUGUAGCGUGCUGAUCCCACUACCCAGAGGAUGUCCCACCUGCGAGGGGAAGCUGCUUCAGGGUCCGCCGCCUGCGGAUUUAAAUGCCACCACGCUGGCUGUUGGAGAGCCAUGUGGUGUCUACACCCUGAGCUGUGCCCAAGGUCUUCGCUGUGAGCCUCCACAAGAUGAGCAGAGGCCCCUCCGAGCCCUGCUGGAGGGCAGGGGAGUCUGCAGCAAAGCCACCACCACCACCACCGCCACCGCCACCACUGCACAGGUCCACACUGAAGAACCAACUCCUACUGAGAAUCCAAAUGAGGCCCCGUGCCGUAAACUGCUGACUACACUUACUAAGGGUCUCGAGGCACAUUUAUUUAAGUCUCAUCAUGAAAUCUACAUGCCCAACUGUGACAAGAGAGGCUUCUUCAAAAAGAAACAGUGUUGGUCCUCUAGAGGUAAGCAACGUGGAAAGUGUUGGUGCGUGGACGAGGACGGCACGCCGAUCGCUCCAAAGAAUAAACAGAAGGGCAGUUUGAGUUGUUAGAGAUGGAAACGAUGGAGCGUCUCAGAUGAAGGAAUGUAAACAAACUGAACACAGAGAAUCUCAUUUGUCAUCUUUCAUCAGACUGAAGCAAACUUCAUCCCAGGAAAGUUUGUUUGAGAAUGAGAUGAAACUCUGUCUGUGUGCGCCCUCUGCUGAACACAAACACACCUGCCUGUAUUAACUUAUAUACCAACAAGACUGCAUUAAACCCAUGAUGAAAACACAUGUAGAUAAACAUGUUACAUAUUGUUUAACCUGCUAAAAUAAGGUCCUUUUAGGUCCAGUAAUGUCUCAAACUAUGAACCACGUCAGGUACAAAUACAUAUCUUUGUAAUGCAUUUAUACAUUUUCAGUAUUUUUCUUCCUCAUCUGAAACUUUUAUAACUAUUUCUGUAUUUAACACACAUUAGCCAUAUUUAUGCUAUUGUAAAUAUUUCUAUUUAUGACAAUAAAGUCUAUGAGGUUUUAAGAGCUCUUAUUAAAGAUCUUAAAUGUUUGCUUUUUAGAUCUUGAGGGGUUCAACAUGUUUAAAGAUUGAUCCGUUGUCCAUGACUGACUUAUUUUUGUGUAUUUUAUAAACCUAUGAAUUAAAAUGUUUGUUUUAAA